GUCGCGGCAUACUCACAUGCAAUCCAGACACACUCCACCACACAAUCAUCAGAGAGGGAGGUCUGGCGAGUGAGACAGCCAGGCAGCUUAACACAGUCACACAUCGGCCGGCCGAACCAUCACAUCAAAAUCGGCCAGCAGUGGAUCGGAGGGCGUGACGAGAUGCACCGCACCCUGACACCCACAGACAGCCCCAGCCAUGAGAUCGGGCGGAUACGUAUCCACACAAUUACAGACAGAGGGAGAGAGGGGGCGUCACAAAACUGACAGGAGAGACGGAGAGCCGACCCCACAGACCCACCAAGGCAUACACCCCUAGCCGGCCAGCCAUUCAGUUACCCCACACUCACUGUAAGCGAAUGGCUGGCUGCAGGGGAUGACGGCAGCCAGCACUUCAUCUACCCUCCUGACCACACACGCACACACAGAGGACAUGGCAACAUCCAGGUACACGACAUGCAGAAGACGUCAAUCGCUGCGUACCCAUGCGGAUUGACUGAUGGAUCACCCGCUGCUCUCCCCCUCGGCUGCGGCUUCGUCGCCUGUCGAGUGCAUCACACACACACAGACCUGUAUGCGAUGCAGGUCGACGUGAGGGCCUCUGUGCUGUGGUGUGUGUGUCUGUGUACCUCCACUGCCCUCUCCGCUGCCGUCAUCCAUAUCGUCACCCUCAUCGUCACCAUCGUCGGAAUCUGCAGACCACAAACACACAGAGAAAGAGAAGGCACGUCAUCCAUCCAUCCAUCCAUCCAUCCGUGUGUGGGUGCGUAUCCUUACCGUCGCUAUCGUCAUUUUGCUGCUGCUGCUGCUGCUGCUGUUGUUGUACUUGUCCGUCGAAGAAGUACGGCGCCACCGCCGCCAACGCCACACGAGCCAGCUGAGUGGUCAACGGGAAGCGGUGCUUGAAGGGACCACUCCCACACACAGCCGCCUCAGUCGUGUAGACAAUCACGUCCACUGCACACACGGGGAAAGAGAACACGCGACGUAUGACCAUCAACACUUCCUCUCUGUCAGUCUGACCGGUGCCGCCCGUAUCCGCGAUGGAAAUCCAUGCGACGAAGUUGUGGUUGUUGUUGGUCAGCACCAGCAACCGCUCAUUACCGUUCAGCCCGAGUGUGGUCGUGCAUCCGGCCACUGGUGUGUGGGGCGACUCCGUCAGCAGGUCAUCCAGACGGCCGCCACCAACAUUCCUCAACCAACCACACACACACACACAUUCAACAACCCUCUCUUGCCUUCAGUGCCGUCGGUGUGUUGUCACCUGUUGAGGUCUAUCGAUGUGACGUGGGUCUUAUGAGUCCUGCCGAAGUAGUCGAGCACCAUGGCCUUGGCAAAUGACGACACUGACGCAGCUGUGAACGGCAAGCCACCGAUCGACACCCAUCUGCCGCCGGCGAGGAGCGAGUAGAUGAUGCUCUCAUGCACUGGUGGGUCGUGUGGCUGUCGGUGCUGCUGGUACAGGUGGCCGGCGGGGAGGGGCGGAUCGACCGUCAGCCGGAAGCCGGGCUGGUCCUUGAUGGCCCGCACCUCACCAUUGUCCUGGAACAGCUGCAGGCAGCUGUCAUCACCGAACUGGACGUGGCGGCCGACCAUCUUGAGCUGCGCCAACACACGGGGAGCCGACACAUACGCCUACACACACGACAACACACACAGACACACACACAGACACACAGAGAGAAUGGGGCCCUCUCCCUCCCCUCCCCGCCCCUCUGUUCGCUGGCUCACCGAUUUGUUUGUGUGUGUGUUGAUGUCAUCGGAUGUGAGGAUGACAGGCAGGUCACAGUUGCCGCACUGCCCCGCCAGCUCAAUCACCUCGCCGAUCUCAUCCCAUGGCCCCUCCUCCACCACACACACAGCCGCCAGCAGAUCAUGUGUGCCGAACUGGUCGUCGUCGAACCGCAGCAGCUGCACUUGCCGCCCAUUCACCGCCCGCCGCAGCCCCGCCUGUGAGCCCAGCGAGUGGCGGAGCCGAUCUCUCAGCUGGGCCGCUCCGAAGAGGUCUCUGAGCCACGUGGAGGUGGCCCUCAGCCGCAGGAUGUCCUUGAUGCUGCUGAAGAGGUAGAAGGUGCGGCGGCCGACGAAGAUAUACGAGAAGGGGUGCUGCUGCUCCUGCUGCUGCUGCUCUGGUUGCUGCAUCUGGGUAGCUAUGAUGUGCUCGACGACAGCCUGCACAGAGCGGCAGAGCCGACAGAGGAUCGUGUGCAUCAAGCAUGCUGCUCAUUGGUCUGUGUGCGGCUCACCUCGUUCGAUGAUCAGAUGCACAGAUCAGCAGGCAGAGAACUGAAUGCACCACCACCACCACCAUCAGCGGCAGAUGAGGAGACCGCCAUCU